UGAUUGCGCUGUCAAAAGAGCUUUUUGUUUUGUUUUUCAUCAGCUGAAGUAAUAAAAAAAGACAUCUAUGAUUUAGAGUGUUCUAGUUAUGUCUGAGUGAGCCACAAACAUAAGAAGGAUGAGCAUUAUACGAUUAAACGACGACUGCCUGUUAAAAAUUAUAGGGUACCUGGACUUUAAUGAGCAGAUGGAUCUGUGGGAGGCCACCGAGGACACAACCCGCCUAUGCUCGGCGGUGGCCUAUACCUGGUCUCGCAAGUUCCAAAACUGCUUGUACAGGGAAACGUUCGAGGGCCGAUUGCACACUCUGGAUGGCUUUCUGGAGAGCAUGAAGGGCACAUUGAAGCAUCUGACAAUCACCUACCUGCCCGAGGAUCAGAUGGAGCGAUUUAGCAGGCACGUGUUCCCCAACAUGCGCGUCCUGGACUAUAUGGCAGACGAGACUGACGACUGGGUCGACGACUCGGACAUCAAGAUUCUUGUGAAUUGUUUUCCCCAGCUGGAGUCGCUCAAAUUGACUGGCAUGUGCAAAGGCCACGACCUCUACAAGAUGAAGCACAUUCGGCACUUGGACAUUGCUCAGUGCUGGAACUUGAGCUGCGAAUCCAUUGAGAACGUCUGCGAGCAUCUUCGCCUGCGUGUGCUGUGCGUCCAGUGGCGCCGGUCGGAGGAGAAGACGUACGUGGGCGCCAUUAGCAAACUAAAGGAACUGGAGGAGCUGGAGGUGGAGGUGGUACAGCAAGAAUCCAUUCCCCAGCUGAUGCGUCUGCCCAAGCUGCGAAAGUUGCGCAUCAUUACCAAUCACGAGUGUGAACUGGUUAUGAAUAUUGCACAGUUGCGUGGCAGGGACAUUGUGUCCGCGUCCUUCAAUGACAGCAUCUGGCUGUGGACAACCAGUACCUGGACGCCGUGUCGUAAUCUGCGCAAGCUAACUAUCAUCGAUGACGAGGGCUGCAGCUGGGCAAAGUUCAGAAAGGUUAUUCUCUGCUUUCCGCUCUUGGAGCAGGUGCAUCUGGAGAAUUCGCGUAUUUUCGACACAGCCGACGAACUCUGGGACCUGGUGUCCAUUUGUCCACACCUCAAGCGACUGGCCAUGUCCCACUACAUUCUAUACAACAUAUUUUUCAAGUUCGAUGCGGCCAGAAUGGUGGCCGUCCUGGACAAACGGAAACAGCCCCUGCUGCUGCAAUGCUUUGAAACCAGCGCUGAAGAUAUGGUUCUGCAGCUUUUCAAACAUCCCAAAUUGAAGAUUUCCUUUGAGGCUCUAGAAUAUAGUCCCGUUGCUCCGGAAGCCAUCGAGCUAGAGUUUCUGCCGCUGGAUGCGUGAGUAGCAGCAGUAUUAGUCAUGGAUUUUGCUCAGCUACGUAAUGGUGAAUGUACAUAAACCUUUGAUAAAAUGAACUGCAAGUGGAGAAACAUAAACAUAACAUAACAUAAUUGUGAUAGCUUCUGAAAAUCUAAAAUUGCAUUAUUUAUAGCAACCAUCGCAGCGACUUUAUUCUUUUAUCCAGCGCCCAAAAUAUGUAUUUUAAGUGGGCUUUUGAUUUUGGCUGCUAGAUUCCUGAGCAUUCUCUUCUGCUGCAUUCGUUUGUGCGCAAACUCAGGGAAUUGGUUACAAGAAAAAAGAUCACCUCUUGUGGUUUUUGUCAUUCUGUUUAAUUUGCUUGAAUUUUCUUCGAAUAUCAUUCACCAUUGAGCCAGUAAAUUGCUGUUGCUGUUGUUGUUGUUGUGGUCUCCCCUCAAGUUCGCUUUGUGGACUCACGUUCGGGUUCGGAGGAGCCAGUCGGGCCGCCCCCACUUUUCGGUAGUCGUUGAUUAAUAAAUAUAUUUGAACUAGUUUUGAGUUUAA